AUGUCGUCUUCAUCGAAUACAAAUGUAGACGUUUCUAAUUCAAAAAUAGCAACAGAAGCAGCACCACCUGGUAUGAAUUCAUUUACAAAUACAGUUGGUAUGCAGCCGAAUACAAAUGAAACAUCAUCACAACAAUGUCCAUCAAAUAUACGACGAGGAAGUUGUGAUAGACCGGGAUGUACAGAUGAACAUAGUGGAAAACCACAUGAAUAA